CAAUCAUUUUGUCAGUUGUCGCGCGCGCGCACACACCCUUCGCAUCGCAUCGCAUCGCAUCGACCGGUCCCUCCGCUCUCCCAGCGAGCACCAUGCUCGUCGAACAAGCCGACGAGCCCGCUUCUUACACCAGGCUGCACAUCACACCCUUUGAUGAGUCGCUGUUCUCUGUCGUCGUGCCAUCCUCUGUUCGGCCGCUCGCCCGCAACAUCUCCUACCACACUCUCCAGACUUUCCCUGAUAAGCCCUACGGCUUCAUCGAGCUUCCCACUGGCGACGCAGAACGCCUCAGGAAGAAGCUCAACAGUGCAGUCCUCCGAGGUCACAAGCUCCGGAUCGAAACUGCCCGGCCGAUUGCCCAGAAACCAUCGCCAGUCAGCACCAAGGAAAGCACUGCCGUAGCCAGUGCUCGUGGCCUGAGGAAGCGCAAGAGAGAGCAAGGCGUAAUUGCCGGUACCGAGAUACAGGGGCGUAAAAUCAAACGAGGCUGGACGACAAGCGAAGCCGAGAUGAUUCAGAAAAAGCGCGAGAGAUCAGGGAAGUCCAAGGAGGGUAAGAAGGACAAGAAGGAUGGCAUGGUCAGCAUAAAAAAGACGAAGAAGGGCGAAACGAAGAAGUCCAAGUUUACAGACGCGCCCGAAUGCCUGUUCAAGGCCCGUCUGCCGUCCAAAUCUGAGCCUGUGCCAGUAGUGGAGCCACAGCACGAGGGCGAAGAGGCUUCGACUGCGCCCAAGAAGAAGAAGCGCCGAACAGAACGCGACGCCAUUAUACACGAAUUUGAAAAGUCCACCAAGUUCCCUUCGUUUCUCAAGGUCAACUCCUCUGUCAAAUCAGUGGCUGAGGCUGUCACCUUUGAAGAUGGCAAGGGCUGGGUGGAUAGUAAUGGCGCCGUGGUGGAGAGUGCCAAGAGCACUCGGCCACCUACAGCUGGUAUCAUCCCAGCAAAAUCCAAGCGGGCGAAGAAGGAGAAUCGUGUCAAGGUGGCCAUGCCAGUCCAAACAUUAGAUGACACGACCAGUGACGACUCCUCCUCUUCCGAAGACGAAGAACCACAGACAACCGACGGCGAGGCAGAUGCACCCAGGGAUGAUCCAGAUGACAACACUACCAGCUCGGAAGGUGAAGACUCAGACAGCUCUGCUUCUGAGCAGGAUACAACAGAUUCCAAGGCAGUGCAACCCAGAGACAGGAUCACUCCACGAAUGCUGGACUUGUGUGAGGCAAGUGCAACAUCAGCCCAAAAGCCAGAAAACGCAAGGCCGAGAUCUUCUGGGUCCGUUAAUAAUCUCACCAUCAAAAUCCCACCAGCGACGCCCGCGCCUGCCAAGGUGCAUCCCCUGGAAGCCCUUUAUAAGCGACCCCAAGGCGGUGCGUCCACACCGAACGCCCAGGAGUCGAAAGGGUUCAGUUUCUUCGACAAUGACAAUAAUGACGACAUCGAGGAAGAGGACGCAACAACAACACUGCAGACUUUGCAAGUGCCUAUGACACCUUUCACAGAACGCGAUUUCGAGUUCAGGACUAUGCGUAGUGCUGCUCCAACUCCAGAUACGGCUCACCCAAACCGGACAUUUCCCCCCUGGUCAACCCAAGAGACUGUAGAUGAAGAGGAUGAGGGAGAGGAUUCAGAAGGCGGGGAAGAUGUCGACGAAGCUGACCGCGCAGCUGAACUCGACCUGGACAUGCUUGACGCCGAGGGCGAUCAUCCAUUAACAGUGGCCACCAGCGUGAGACCUGCGCCCACCUCUGACUUCCAAAAACAUUUCUGGGAGAACCGGGGCGACCUCAAUCGUAAAUGGCGAAGGAGAAGGAAGACCGCUGCGAAGGAGAAACGCUAUCGUGACAAUCGUGCCCGCGCAGAUAGGGCCAUCUGAGUACAUUUGCCAUACUGGCCGCGUACUCAUUGGUGUCUUGAGCGACUUGUUCUCGGCAAUGGCAGUCUCUAGCCAGUCGCAAGGUCUAGAAAGCCCAUGAUUGGAUCUUCGUCAAGCGCUACACUUAGAGCUUCAAUAUGGCGGAGUCAUCAGCAGCCAGAGACUCGAAAUGUUAAUUCCAGAAAAUAUCAAGAGAAUUGUCCGAAAUAAAAAAUCGCCUAGUGGUGUGAACUAGAAACCCAAUGAUCAGCUCCGGAG